AUGCUGCGCGGGCUGGUCUCCCGCAGCUCCUUCGAGAAGGCGCGAUGGAUCGUUCGAACUGAGAUGCCUCGCUUCGGCCACGUUCCAAACGAGGGCUCCCUGAAUUUGCUCAUGGACUCUGCAGCACGAUCCGGACCACGGUACCUCGAUGAAGCGUUCGACAUCCUAGAGGAAAUGCAAGUUCAGCAGCUGAAGGCAGACAAGUACACGGUUUCUAUCCUCACGAAGCACCUCUCGGAUCGAAUUUCUGAUAAGAGGCGAGUUCCCAGGGGCGUAGCCAUGGUGGAGCGCUUCUUACAGACCCAGCCAGAGGAUGUGGAUGAGGUACUUGUGAACUCCCUGCUAGAUGUCUUUUGCAAACUGGGCGACAUGCCUCGGCUGGAGGGGACCUUGGCCAAGAUGAAGGAGUACCGAAUCAAGGGUUCGGCCGUCACAUACGGGACCAUCGUGAAGGCAUAUGGACAUGCAGGCAACAUUGACAGAGUGGUUGAGGCUUGGACAGAGAUGCAGCGCGAAGGUCUUGAGGCGAAUGCAGUCACCUAUGGGUGCAUGCUGGAUGCCUGUGUCAAGUGUGGUCACCUGGAAAAGGCGCUGCAGACCUUUGAGAACAUGAAGCAGCGUGGCCUUCACCGGAAUACAAUCUUGUAUGCCACCCUCAUCAAGGGCUUCGCAAAAUCAAAGGAUCCCUCUGCAGCAAUGAACUUGUACCGGGAGAUGCGCUCUGAGCAAGUUCCGUGCAACGUGGUCGUCUUCAACAGCUUGAUUGACGCCUGUGUCCGCGCAUGCGAUCUGCAAGGUGCUGCCGAGGUUCUUCAAGAGAUGACAGCUACAAAUGUCCAGCCGGAUCUAAUCACGUUUAGCACUCUGAUCAAGGGCUAUUGCAGCAGCGGAGACUUACCAAAGGCCAUGCGGCUUCAAGAAGAGCUCCAAGCUCGCAAUCUCGAAUGUGACGAAAUCGUGUACAACUCGCUUCUUGAAGGCUGUGUGAAGGCAGGUGAUCUCCAACUUGGACUGCGCAUGUUCUCAGAGAUGCGGCAUAAGCAUGUCCGGCCCAGUGCGGUGACGUUCUCAAUUCUCGUCAAGCUCCUCUCACAUGCUGGACGACUGGAUUUGGCCGUGCACCUAGUCGCGAAGGAGAUGCGACAAAUACACGGGGUGCAGCCAACCCGUAUGGUCUGGUCAUGUUUGAUAACUUCAUGCUUGAAGUCACGGGACCUCAGCAGAGCUGUCAUGGCCCUGGAGCUGCUUGACCACGACGGGGUGGCUUUGGGGACUGGGAGGGUCUCGAUGUAUGGCGCGGUCAUCGAGGCGAGCAUUACACGAGCGGAGGCUGGCACGGCGCUGCAGCUCACUGACUGCGCCUUCAACCGGUCUCCUCCAGAGGAUGCUGGCUUUCAUUUGUCUCUGGAUCUUCUGAGACGAGUCUUUGAGACGGCCGGCCUACAUGGCCUACAGGCUGAAGCUCAGCAGGUGCUAGACGCCAUCGCCCACCACAUGGAUGGUAAUGCGCAGGGCAUCCUGAAACAUGUGUUGGAGGACGCUGCCAAGCAAGGGCCUCGUGCAACCGAUGGUGAGUCAGGCAGUUUCGCGCGAUCCGUCCUGGACGAAAGCCACACCUGGUCGCAUUGGGAGCCAUCGUAUCAAUCGAUGCCGUAUAUGAGCGCUCAUUUGGAGGAUCCAGCGAUACGACGGUGCGAGGCAUGGGAUCCGUACGCUUGGCAGGACGCGUACCCAAAUUCCGCUUUCCCAGCUUUCCAUCCCUCGCCGUGGCCUGGUGAUGUGCCGCGAUCAUUUCAUGGUUGGGCGCCUCCUGCCUGGGGCGAAGGACCGGUUUGGGGCUCUAGCAGAGGUGCCGAGCUUGCACUUGAGUCCGCCUUGAAGCUGUCCAAGGUGUCGGAUAAAUUGCAGAUGUCUGACCUCGAGGACCCUCUGACGCCAGCGCUGCGUCAUGCCAAGGCAGUUGAGGAUGAGUUCACCCCCGUUACCACGGCUGGCAAGUCGUCGGCUUGUGGCAGUUCCUUUGAGGAGGGAUACGGAGACGAAAUCCUUCAAAAAGUCCUUUUCAACGAGGGCAAACUCAUCUCCAAUGCACCGAGCUCGGACGCAACGCGCUUGGAGAAGCUCACCGCGGUUGUUAUGGUCUUUCUGGCCUCGCAAAACGCUUCCCGCUCUGGACUUGCUAUUGAGUAUAGAGUACGAACGGAGGAGGCGUUUUGUGAAGAGCCGCUGUUAUUCCCGUGGGCUGACCGAGAGCUUUUCGGCAUCCACGGGUCGAUGGCUCCGCCAGGCACUCAGCUCCUUCAGCCCCUCGGUGCUCAGAUAUGCUUGGACAAUGUGUCACGCGACUUGCAGGUGGCACAGAGUGACCUGCUGGGCGUGAACUUCUCACCCAGAAAGUUUUGGGUCUGGGGAAAUGAUGCUACAGAUCUCACCUCGGAGCACUGGGGCUACCUCGGUGCCUGUGCCACAGUGACUUUCUUGAGUGUCAGGCGAGCUGCAGACCUUGCAAGGGAGCUUUCAUCAGCGCUGCUGCAAAGUUCCUGGCAAGCACGCCGCGGCUCACAUCCUCACGAGCAGCUAGACCAGGUCCAAUUGCGCAAUGCCUUGCUGCGAUUGCACAGGGGCCGUAUCCUAAGCACUGGGGUGCUCCGAUUCGUGAACACCGCUGUGCAAUUCUUGCCAGCGCUGUUCCUUGGGCCCUUGCUCCGAGCUGUGCAGCAGGGAGAUAUCAUUGGUGGAAGGAAUGCCGCGCUGGCACUUUUCUCCGUUCUAUGCUUGAAAACGCUGGUAGAAAAUCAGUUCUUCCAUCAGACGACCGUCAUGGCUACGAGGGUGCGUUCAAUGCUGCAAGCUUCAAUCUAUGAGAAGAGCUUGCGAUUGCAUGAAUCUGUAGCUGCUGUUCCUCCUGUCACACUCAUGCAGGUGGACACGGGGAAGGUGGAAGAACUGACGUACUCCCUACACACUUUGUGGGAUGGGAUCUUUCAAGUAGUUGGAUACUCGGUGCUCCUUUGGUGGUAUCUCGGUUUGGCUGGUUUCGCUGGCAUUGUCAUUCUGAUUGUUUUCAUGCCUUUCAAUGCCAGUCUUCAGCGUCAGCUGAGUGGACUUAACAAGACGUGCUUGCAAGCUACGGAUGCGCGGGUUUCGAAGACCUCGGAAAUUCUGAAUGGCAUUCGGGCACUACGACAGAUGGGCUGGGAGGAUGUCUUUGAGCGGCUGAUCCGCCGGCUUCGCGAUUCAGAACUGCAGGCUCAGCGAAAGCGGGACACUGUAGGCGCCUACCUGCUCUCCUACUUCAGUGCCCUGCCCCCCUUCAUGAUUGCUGUCGUGCUGCUUGCCUACGUCGCAGGCCAAAGAGCUAGCUUCAAUGCCGCGAUGAUUUUCACAGCACUUUCACUGCUGAAUCAGAUCCGCUUUCCGUUGCUUUUCUAUCCCAGUGCUUUGAAUGCUCUCGCAGAGGGCCAAGCAGCCAUGAGGCGCAUUGCUGCCUUUUUAGCUCUGGAAGAAGCAGCUGCUCCCCGGCCGCCGAUGUCCGAGGACGCUCAGCUGCCCUUGUUGCUUGUCCCAGGCAGCUACCACAUUGGCAGGGACCACAAAAAGGAUCAUGAAAACCACGCCGCGCCAACACUGGUGGUUUCUGAGCACCUCAGUGUGGCACAUGGUGAGCUCGUCGGAGUUCUGGGUCCUGUGGGGUCUGGGAAGUCCACACUCCUUCGCGCUUUCCUGGGAGAGCGGUUGCCCGGCACACCUUUGCUGGCCCCACCGCAGAAUGUGGCAUACUGCUCUCAACAACCGUGGAUACCGGAGGGGCGAACUCUUCUCGAGGUUGUCGCCGGAGUUUGGAUGGAUAACACGGCGCCCUUUCCACCUCAGGUGGAUUUUGAUGCGUUCUCACGGGCCCUGUCAGUCGCGGCUGUCGACUUUGCUGAGGCCAAUGACGAAGUCAGCGCAACAUCCCUCAGUGGUGGACAGCAAGCUCGAUUGGCAUUGGCUCGGGCCAUGUACAAAGCCCAAGUCCGUGAUGUUUGUGCUUGCGUGCUGGAUGAUGUCACUGCGGCACUGGAUCCGCAGGUUACCCUGCAAGUGAUCAACAACUGCUUGAACGGCCCCUUGCAAGACAUGGCCACCCUGCUGGUCUCCAGUGAUCCUGGACCAUGGCUCCAGCGCUGCGACCGCAUCAUUGUCAUGAAGUCUGCCUCUGGCCACGAGUCGGAUGCCUCAGAGCUGCAGGUGGACUUUGUGGGAAGCUAUGAAGAAUUGGCUGAGUCGGGCAGGCUUGAGCUGUCUCACAGCUCUGUGCCAAACCGUCGCAAGGAGACCGCAGAAAAGGAGAUGGAGACGGAAGAGGUGGAGGAGCCUGAAGUCGAGGAGAGCAAGAGUGAAAGCGGCGUCCCCAGCAAACCCAGCAAACAAAUCACUGUGGAAGAGGCGAGAGCUUCUGGAGCUGUGCCGUUGCGGCUGUAUGCUCACUACUUCAGAAGCGCCAGAAGUCCCAUCUUGCUCGGCCUGGCAGGUGCAGCAGUGAUGGCAAGCUAUGCUGCAACCGCUGCACAGCAAUGGUGGAUAGGAUUGUGGACAGCAGACGCAACCAUGAAGCGCGGUUUGGCUUACUACAUGCUGGGAGUAAUUUUCUGGGGGCUGCUCGCCUCUGCACUGACCUUUGGUAGAUCUCUGCUAAUAGCAGCUUUUUCUCGGCGUGCUUCGCGGGCCGUCCAUGAUGAGCUUUGUGACAAGGUCCUUGUGAGGGCAUCAACCUCUCACUUUGAUCAAAAUCCUUCCAGCCGUUUGCUGCAAAAUUUUUCGAAAGAUCUAGAGCAGAUCGACAACAGCCUACCGAACAGUUUGCGAUCGGCAGUGUCCAGUGUGACUACACUUGCUGGAGCUGCUGUCACGAUUGUCUUGGCAACCCCAACCUUUACAGUGAUCAUGCUUCCUCUGCUUUGGUUGUACACACGAUCCCUGCAAUACUACCGUCCUGUGGCGCGCGAACUGAAGCGGCUGGAGCCUCUUGCACGGUCCCCUGUCUACUCAGAGCAAGCCGCUGCCGCUUCUGGAGUGAUCACGAUCCGCAAGCUGGGGCUCGGCAAUGUGAUGGCAGCGCGAGCUCUACGCGCCAUUGAUUCCAACACGGCCGUGUCCUUCGCUGCCAAAGCCGUGGAUCGGUGGUUUUCGCUGCGAAUGGAGCUGCUUGGGAACUUAAUUGUCCUUGCGGCAGCGAUGCUCAGUCUAUGGACGGGAGCCAAUGCUGGGGCUUGGGCAGCUGCACGCGCGGCCAUUGCAGUAACCCAGGCCCUAUCGGUUUGCGGCUUGCUCAAUUGGACGGUGCGGACUAUUGCCCAGACGGAGACCAGCUUUACAUCCUUUCAGCGCAUUUCGGACUCAUUGGAGAGCACAGACCUUGAGGCUUCUCGUGAGCUGCCCUCUGACCUUUCCCUUCCGAGUUCCUGGCCUGUCAGCGGUAGCAUCUCCUUUGAGGAUGUGUCCUUCAGCUACCGCAAGCAUCUACCACCAGUGCUGCAAGGCUUGUCCCUGGAGCUAACAGCUGGCCAAAGGAUCGGGCUCGUGGGGAGGACGGGUAGUGGCAAGUCGACGCUCUUGCGGCUCCUGCUGCGUACUUCAGAAGUCUCGGAGGGCUCUGUUCGAGUUGACGGUGUGGACAUCCGCCAGAUUGGCCUAGCCCGGCUGAGAUCUGCAGUCACGGCCAUACCGCAAGACAAUUUUUUGGUGACUGGCACCGUUCGUGAGAACGUGGAUCCUCGAGGGAGCUAUAGUGACGAGGAAGUCCGGCAUGCGCUUGAAGCGGCCUCGCUUGGAACUUGGGAUUUGGACCGCCGAGUCACCGCAACCGGCGGCAUCUCGCCCGGGGAGAAGCAGCUGAUUGGCGUAGCACGAGCUGUGCUGCGCAAGUCCCGAAUUGUCGCCUUGGAUGAGGUCACUUCGAGGGUUGACAAGGGCACAGAUGAGAAGGUCCAAGCUGCCCUUAAGCGAUUGCCUGAAGGAACAACCUUGCUGGUGGUCUCACACAGGCUGGCAACCUUGAAAGACUACGACACUGUGGUCGUUUUGGGUGAUGGUCAUGUGGCAGAGCUUGGGAAUCCAAAAACGUUGGAAAGCGACCCAUCCUCCCAGUUCGCGAGCAUGCUCGCAGCAGAGCGGAGCGGAGAGAUCUUCUGA